GGCUGAACGCAUCAACCCCGCAACCCUGUGUCAUAAAUGCACACUGGGCAACAUCACUGAUGAUCCAUACAAUCAGCCAUAUCUGCAAGAGAUUCUAAUCUGAUAUUCAAACUAUGGACACCCAAUCGUUUAUGCGAGACAAUACUACUCCCGACAAGCCCCUCAGCAUCCUUUGCUUCGGCGACUCCCUCACCCAAGGCUUCCACAACUAUGGCUUGGGUGAAAGUCCCUACUCGGAAACACUGGAGAAAAAGCUCAAGGGUGCAUUUCCCGACAGAACGAUUGUUAUUCGUACGAGCGGCGUGCCUGGAGACCUUGCUUCGUCGUCAUCGUUUCAGCGUCGCUUCAUCCAAGAGGCAUCUUCCGAUUCUUAUGAAUGGGUCAUAAUUCUCGGAGGCACCAAUGACCUAGGACGCCUGCUAUCCGUCGACAAGGUCUUUGACGCCCUCGAAUCCCACUGGAACACAGCAAUCGGCAAUGGGAGCAAGGUUCUCGCCCUCACUGUCCCAGAGUGUAAAGCCAAACCCGAAUGGCUUGUGGUCAACCGAGAUGAGCUCAAUCAGCAAAUUCUGUCUCAUUCACGGCCAAAUUUUUAUGCUUUUGACUUGGCUUCUCACGUCCCGUACCACUCCCUCACCGAGGCCGAGCGCACAUUGUAUUGGGAUGAUGGGCUGCACUUGACUGCGGAUGGCUACGAGUGGAUGGGAGAGCACAUUGCGAGAGGCCUGAUUCGUAUCCUCCUGGAAGAAUGCAUCUAGGCUCUUCUUUGGCCUUUGCCUCGCCACGAUUUCCUUUUGGAUGGAAAGCAUGAGCAGAUGUAACCUCCGAGGAGGUGGCCUGUCACAGCUCAAGAUUUGGUGGUAGACAUGCACCUUCAUCAAGGCACCCUCGGUUCAUCUUUUAACAUCAAACGUAUUCAAAUUGGCCUAGCUGUAUAUCGCCUAUCUCCCUUCCACCAUGUGCUUUCCUCCC